CAAUGUGCUAUUAUUGAGUCUUAUGCAACACUGUGCACUACUUGGAGUUGGAUAAGAAACCUUGGGGAAAUAGUGAUUGUCGAUCUGAAAAGAGUGACAGUGAUUCCAUUGAUGAAACUCGUUUUUCGGAUAUGCGCGUAUCGUAGACUCUAUUCCCGACGCGUAAAACAAGCGAUUCUUUCGAGAAUUUUUCGUAGUUAAAAUGAAGGACUCUAAGUAUAGUCUUGGUUCUCAAGAUGAAAAUGAGGAUGAAGCAUCAGAUGAAUUUCCGGAAGUCGAUCAUAUUGGUCUUUACACGUUGGGAAUGUAUUUUAUUUUGAGCACGCCACUGAUACUAUCUGCUGCCCGAGGAUUAGGCUACGUUUUUACAACCGCACCAGUCAGUUACAGGUGUUUAGUGAAAGAGUGUGAAAAUCCUGGGGACACUUCUUUGCAUCCGUUAUGGUUACCAAACGCAGUUCCUUACACCGAUGGCAAACCGGCUACAUGUUCCCGGUUCACUGUACAGAAGGUUACGGACUCGUGCUCAACGACUGUUUUCACCAACGAAACUGAACGAUGUGAUGCCUGGGUUUAUGACCCUGAAGAGAUAACUAUUCUCAAUGAAUGGGAUCUAACUUGUGAUAAUAACCUGUGGAAGUUGACGUUGCCAGGAACGGUAAAUAAUUUUGGCCAGUUUCUUGGUCUGACACUUUCCGGUCAUCUUUCGGAUAAACACGGCAGGCGGAACCUGUUGGUAGUCGCUACACUAAUGAGCUCAAUUCUCGGAUUGAUACGGUCCUUUUCGGUCAACUACUGGAUGUUUAUCACUUUCGAGUUCCUAGAUGCAUUCUCGGGCUCGGCCGUGUACAGUGCUGCAUUUGUGCUAGGGAUGGAGCUUGUUGGACCAAAAAAAAGAGCACUGGCAAGCAUUCUGACUUGCACCAUGUAUACCGUGUUUGUCGUUUUCUUGGGGUUGUUCGCCAUGUGGUUUCGAUCUUGGCGGAUUCUACUCCGGAUUUUUUACACAGCAGGAUUCUUCGCACUGUUCUUACCUUUCAUAGUUCCCGAUUCUGUAAGAUGGCUGCUGAACAAAGGAAGAAUUGAUGAUGCUGAAGCUGUUUUGCGGAAAAUCGCAGCUGGAAAUAAAAUAGAAAUCUCUCAAAAGUCAAUUCUAUUGAUAAGGAAUUGGAAGAACAAAAAUCAAGACAAGGUCGAUAUAACUAACCCGCCAGGCAUUUCUGCGGUGCGACAAGUUAUUGGAAACAGGACCGUUUUGAUUCGAUUGAUCAUUUGCGCUUACUGCUGGGUAGCUAACGUAUUCGUUUACUACGGAUUGUCGUUGGGUUCGAUCUAUGUGCCCGGAAACAAGUACAUAAACUUUAUUCUAGUGAGUCUGGUUGAAAUUCCGGCUCUAUUUGCUGCCUGGAUCCUCGCAGAUUGCCUUGGACGCAAACCGACGCUUAGUCUAACUUUUCUUUUGAGCGGAAUAUUCUGUAUCAUCACAAUCUUCAUUCCUGCAGAUUGGGGGCAUCUCCCACUAAUUGUUUUUUUGUGCGGUAAGUUCUGCAUCACGACUGCUUAUCACUUGAUAUACAUGUACACAACGGAGAUGUUUCCUACAUCACUUCGUCACUCUCUUCUUGGCAUGUGCAGUAUGGUUGGACGUAUCGGGUCUAUGUCAGCUCCGCAAACGCCAUUGCUAGCGUACUAUAUGCCGUCGCUACCUUUAUUAUUAUACGGAGUGAUGGGCAUUUCAGCAAGUUUUUUGUCACUGAGCUUUCCAGAAACAUUGGGGAUAAAGCUUCCAGACACUGUUUCUGAAGCUGGGAAAAUCGGCGGAGCAAGGAACAAAGAGAGAUCAGACAGCCGCGUUAUCUGAGAAAAUGAUACCUACGAAACGUGGUAUCUUUACUCUAUCUGAUCUUACACAAAAUAUAGAUUAGCUGUUAGUCCUAGUCAAAUUGGAGAUAAUAUAAUUAAUGCUGCCUUAAAUCGUAUUGCUGGCCAACAAAUUAGGGAAAUCAUUAUACAGUAAUUUUUGACUAUGUUACCACGCUGUACAAAUCUUUUUUUCAUUAAUGAACAGAUGUCCAAAUAGAUAUGUAAUGUAACAUACAUUGCAUAGUGAACGUUUUCUAAAGAGUUAGUUUGCUCAGACGACUGAGCAAAUAAGUUAUUAUAACGGUUGAUGAAACAUUCAAUAGUUUUUAUAGACAAAGUAUAUCAGCCACUUAAGAUUAUGUUAUCAACGUAAUAACUUGUCAUAUAGACUGUUUUUAGAUAAUUAGAACUUGAAAUUAUUUAAUCUCACAGUUGGAACUGACAUUAUAUAAAAGAAAACCCAUUUAGCAUGGGAAACAAGAUCUGAUCAUAUUUAAUGUAUCCAAGAAAUUUUGAGAAGUUGAGAAUAAACUUAUGGUUAUCGUA